AUGUUAGAUAAACUGACACUAACAACAGCGGCAACAAUACAAAGUGGAAAUACCUAUAGUGAUAUUGCAUUGAAUGAAAUAGAACAAAAGCACGAAAGCACGAAAAUUUCACCUAUCAAUGAAAUCACAAACACAUUUCUGGGGUCAAGUAGUAGCACUAUGUUUACAAAUUUACACACUAUUGUAUCUGGAAGCAAUAUCACAAGCACGAUAUAUACUGAUAGUAGUAGCACCGGUAAUACCAUCACUGAUGCACUUCCAUUUACUUCUACAACUAAUGAAAUUAUCCAUCAACCAGUGUAA